AUGCUAAAUGUCCCAGCGAGUGGGUCUGCUGAGGAACGCAACAGGCGGCGAAAGUCCCGAUUGCUGCAGCGUCGCUCCGAUUCUGGCACGGAUCCUCUUCCUAACGCGUAUAAAUCUGGAUCAACAGCGCCAGUUAGGUUCCGCCCAUACCCACCCCCGUCGCCGACGUCGUCCGAGGAAGCGCAUGCGCGGCGUGUCCUUGCGGAAGCGAUGGCCCAUGACUGGCGGCAUCCGGAUAGCGGCGGAGCGAACGGAGUGGGUGGAGAAAAGGAUGAGAAGAAAUUGAAUAUCCCCGAUCAGGUGGUUUCUAAGUUGGAAUCGUCGCGCUCUGGGGGAGAGGAGGCAUGCGCGCACGAGCGGCGGGGUUCUGGCAGCGCGGUAGCAGGCAUCGUAUGGCAGGCGGAAGGCUCAGCGGAAGGUACAGCGGAAGGCGCAGCGGAAGGAACAGCAGAAGGCGCAGCGGAAGGAACAGUGGAAGGCGCCGCGGAAGGUGCAGCGGAAGGCGCAGCGGAAGGCGCAGCGGAAGGAACAGCGGAAGGCGCAGCAAAGGGAGCGGCGGAAGGAACAGCAGAAGGUGCAGCGGAAGGAGCAGCAGAUGGAACAACAGAAAAUUCAGCAGAAGGAGUAGGGGGCAGCACACAAGCAGGAGAGGCGGGGACUCCCCAGCAGGAGCGGAUGCAGGCGGACGCGGACGGGGGUUCGAGCGGGGAAGCUGUAGGGGAUGGAAGCAGGGAAGGAAGGGGAAGGGAGGUGGCGGGUGGAAGAGACUUGCGCGAGCAGAGCGAUCCAGGUACAGGCGGGGACAUCAGCACAGGCAGAGAGGAGGGUGGGAUUGGCUUUGAGGUUACGGAUACGAAUGAGAGUGAUGGUGACGGUGCAGGCGGUGUGCUGUUCGGCGGGAUGCUGCUGUGUUCUCUGCAACCGCAGGAUUUCACUCUGAGUGCUCACCUGAGGGAGGCAGCAGCCCUUCAGCGGCAGCAGCAGCAGUGGCGGCAGCAGUGGAAGCAGCAGCAGCAGAAGCAGCAGCAGCAGCAGCAGCAGCAGCAGCAGCAGCAGCAGCCACAUCAGCUACCCUUGCAGGAGGAGAAGCAAGGGGAGCCGCAGAAGCAGCAGCAGCUGGGUAGGGGCAAGCGCCAUUGUCCUGGGAGGAGUGAGAACAGGAAGUGGAGGCGAGUUGGGCUGGCAGCCUUGGAAGGGGGGCCGCUUGAUUUGUGGUCACGGAAGAGAAUGGAGGGAGGGGGGAAUGAGCAUGGAGAGGAAAGGGAGGGAGAGCAGCAGAUGAAGGGGAAGCGCAAGAGGGAAGGAGUUUGCGAGGAGGAGGAGGAGGAGGCGGCGAUAGAGGUGGGGGAGAAGGAGGGGGAGGAGGGGGAGGAGGGGGAGGUCGAGGAGGAGCAUGAGGAGGAAAAGGAGGUUGCGGUGGAGGAGGAGGAGGAGGAGGAGGAGGAGGAGGAGGAGGAGGAGGAGGAGGAGGAGGAGGAGGAGGAGGAGGAGGAGGAGGAGGAGGAGGAGGAGGAGGAGGAGGAGGAACAGGAGGAGGAAGUCGAGGGGAAGGAGGUGGAAGGGGAGAAGGAAGAGACAGGGGAGGAGGAGGAGGAGGAGGAGGAGGAGGAGGAGGAGGAGGAGGAGGAGGAGGAGGAGGAGGAGGAGGAGGAGGAGGAGGAGGAGGAGGAGGAGGAAGAGGAGGAAGAGGAGGGGGGGUGGGGAGGGGAGGAGGAGGAGGAGGUGGUGGUGGUGGUGUUGGUGGUGGGGGUGGGGGGGAUGGAAAUGGAGGCGGGCGACGAGGAGGAGGAAGCGGAGGCGGCGGAAGACGGCGCGGCGACGGCGGGGGGUGGUCGGCGGAGAGGAGGCGGAGCGGCGGGGGCGGGGGCGGGGACGCGCGGAGGGGCUGCGCGGAUGCGGAUGCGGAGAAACCGACAGGCGGCGGCGGCUGCUGCGGCGGAGGAGGAGGGGAAUGCGCAUCGGGAGCGCGGGGGAGGGCGGAGAGAGGAGGAGGAAGAGGAGGAGGAAGAGGCGGGAGCGGGAGCGGAAGGCCGGCGGGAUCGCAGGAGACGAGAAAGAGAGGCACGGCGACAGGCGGAGGCAGCAGCGCGGGAGGCGAAGGAGGAGAAGAGGGACGCAUACGCGGAGAGACAGAGGCAAAAGGAGGCGGAGAGGGAGGCCGAGGAAGCAAAGAAGGCGCAAGAGGCAGCGGAGGAGGAGGUGCGGAGGCAGAGGGAGGCGGAGGCGGAGCUGGAGUCGUGGAAGGGGAUGUUUUCCGUGGAGGGGGAGGGCACGGUGGAGGGGGACGAGCAGCAGGAGAGCCAGGGGCUGCUGGGGGAAUUCACAGACUACAUCCGCCGCCACAAGUGCGUGUUACUGGAGGACCUGGGAGCGCGCUUUGGGCUGCGAGCGGUGGUGAGUGGGUGGGAAUGGCGGGCGGGAAGGGGAGGCGUGUGUCAGGACAGGAGUGCUGCUAGGAUGCUGCUAGGGAGGAGUGAUGGACGACCGAGGCAAGUUCCUCCCUCCCAAACCCCCCCCCCCCCCUCUUUCCUCCUCCCCCUCCUCUCUUCCUCCUCCCCCUCCUCUCUUCCUUCUCCCCUCCUCUCUUCCUUCUCCCCUCCUCUUUUCCCUCUCCCCUCCACAGGGCGCAUAUCAGGAGUGAUGGACGACCGAGGCAAGUUCAUAUUCAUCUCCCCAGACGAGAUGAAGGCUGUAGCGAGCUACAUCCGGGCAUCGGGGCGAGUGAGCAUUGCGGAUCUAGCAGCGCGGUCCAACGAGCUCAUAGACCUGGACGCUAAAGGGGAGGACGAGGAGAAUGGGGAGGGGGGUGAUGGGGCGGGAGAUGGGAAUGCGGGAGGGGGUGGGAUUUCGUGGGAGGAUAUUGCAGUUGAGGAGGCGGUUGGGGUGGAGGGGGGAGGGGGUGGUGGUUGGGUGGAGGUGGGUCAAGAGCAGGUGUCUGUGGGUGCUGCAUGA